CCCGAUAGACGUCGCAUCUUGAUGAUGAACUUCCCUAUUGUCAACUGCCAACCUAACAUUACCAGAGGGCGAUUAUUUUAUUUGUGAAUUUUUUAGGGGAUUCCACAAUACAAUAGAACUGUCGUUACUUCUUCAAAGAAGGAAUCAACAAGUUACAAUUCAUUGGUCCCCCAAGAAUAGGAAAGGUUCAAUAAAAAAUGGCAGAGUCUGAAAAUAUAAAUGAUUACUCGGAAGAUACACCUCGAAGACGCCCUUAUCAUCAAAAUAAUCAAAGCAUGCGACCUCCCUAUUCCGCAAGGGGACGAGGUCGAGGAAUACCUGAUCCACACCUAAUGAAUACAAGUGAUUACUUGGAAGAUGCUCCUCAUAAACGUCCUUAUCAAAGUAAUCAAAGCAUGCGACCUCCCUAUUCCGCGAGAGGACGAGGUCGAGGAAGACCUGAUCCACAUGUAAUGAAAGCUAUGCAUUUUUUUGGUGUCAGAGACUUGAGAGAAAUUCUUGAUCGAAAGCACCAGGAAGAAGCGAUGAGAGGUGGUCCAACUGAUUCCUCCUGGUCUGAUCCGGAACUAGAAGAUUCAUAUCACCAGCAGCACAAGGAUCGUCAGGCUUCUCAAGGUGGUCCACCAUCUCGUGGUUCAAGAGGCAGAGGAAACGCUAGAGGACGCAAUAAACCUACCUUUAUUCAAAACCCAUUGAAUGUAAUGGUUCAGUUCAGCACUUCGACAGGCGAACGCAACUAUUCAGUAGAUGAGAACAAUACACUAGAUGACAUCAGACAUGUUCCUGACCACAUGUACUCCCUCCAACCUUUUGGAGAAAAAGUCAAAGGAAGGGGAGGAAACUGGAGGGGCAGACCUAGAGAAGCUGGAGUUAUUGGUGGCGAGGAAAGAGGUAGGGGAAAUGAAAGAAGGGGGAGAGGUCGAGGAAGGGGAAUGUCAACUAGGAAUCGGGAAUUUGAAGAUGGUUUUGAAGUACGGGCUAAGAGUGCCGAAAGAAGUGAUCGAAUGCCUGAAAAUGAUGUUAAAGAACACAGAGCGAGAGGUAGAGGAAAGAAUGUUAGAAGUAGAAGUGUUGAAACAAGAGAUAGAGUGGAGGUGAGAGAUUUUGAAAGGGACCCUAGAGGUAGAGGUGGAAGUUUUAGAGGAAGAGGUCAUAGAAGAGGGCGAGGCAAACGCCAUACCAAUCCAUCUGAUGAAAACACGCAAGUUCAGGAUACCACUGGAGAACAGUGUGUCGAUUCUGAAGAGAACAAUCCAGAAGAAUCUGAAGUAAAAAUAGAACAAGCUACAGAGGGUGAAACUGGGAUUCUGGUAAGCCAGAAGAAAAAACAAGAAGGGAAUGAGAAGUUAGUCAUAACUUCUUCUGGUCAGGAAAAUAGGAAGAGAGUCGUCAGGUUUGACUUGAAAGAUGAUAGCGAGAAACAACCUGAAAAUAAUGUCGGUAAUGACACAGUAGAAUGUGCAGAAGGAAAGUCUGAAAUUGAUUCUGAAACAGUCGCUGUCACCGCUAAGGAAGACUACGAGGAAGAAAACAUAAACGAAUCCAAUUGUGAAAAAGACGAAGCAAUUGUGGAUGAAAAAAUUAACUCAUGAUUUUGCCUCACAUGUGACCUUGCUGUAUUGAUUAUUCAGGUAUGUAAAUUGUCAUUAUAGAUCAAGGGGAAGCGUGGGGAUAGGGAUAUGGAAGCUGGCUAUUUCUAGAGAUGGUCUGAUUUACUCUUAUCAUUUUCAAAACUCUAGAUCUCACUAUUUAUAAAGAAUUCAAAAUGAAAAUAGUUGGCAUUUCCCGGACUAAAUUUUCCACAAAAAACUAGAUGUACUGGUGAUUUCUAGGACGAACGUAGUGGAAAGAUGAACUGAAAAUAACUGAAAUCAAGACUGCUACAUUUGAUUACAAAUGACAUCCAUUUGCUCUUUUUUUAAAUGCAUGUGAGAAAAUUGUGACUUCUUUUGAGUCCAGUCAAAGAUUGACUAUUAAAAUAUGUCUAGUUGAAUUCUUUGUCAAUUCAAAUUGUCAUGAUAUUUCUCACCUUCUGAUGACAGAAAUAUCUUUAAGGGAAAUUUCUGAUUUUAAUAGA